AUGCCCAAGGCCGAUAUAAGUUUCGAUCAAAUCACAAAGUCUCUCGAGGCUGUUCCAGAUGGAGAGAUAUUCGCCAUGGUGUCAACUCUUGGCAGCAAUUUGAUGCAUGCUCCAGUGACCACCCCUGAGAACGUCUACACCAAACGUCCUACUCCACAAAUUGGCCACAUUUCGGAUUUCUUGGUUGCAGAAGCUGAGGUUCUAGAGCUGCUCCGGCAGUAUUCUCACCAAAACAUAUUCCGGUAUCACUGUUGCCAAAUUGUUCGCGAGCACUUCAUUGGACCUGUUCUGGACAUAUACUCGCACGACUUGGAAACUUUUGUUCAGGAUAAAGUUGGAUCUAUCAGUCAUGGUCCAUUUAUGGCUGCUCUCGAGUCUGCUAUCAAACAUCUGCACUCGCACGGACUGGCCCAUAAUAAUCUGACAUCCUCCAAUAUAAUGGUAAAUAAAGAGGGUAUUCCCGUCUUGAUUGAUUUUGGUGAAUGCCAGCCUAUCGGAUCUCACCUGAAGUAUAUCCGUGGCACUCCAGGGUGGAAUAUUGGAGAAUAA